AUGAGAAGAUCUAGAAUUAAACAAAAUAUUGAGAGAACAUGGAAUGACUAUGAAUCACAGACAUCUAUUGAAGAUGUCUCUGAAUGGGCUGAACAUAUUGAACAAGUUAUUGAUGAUCUACAACGAAAUUAUAAAAUUAUUCAAGCUGAAAUGGAUUAUCUAAUGGAAAGAUCAAGUGUCAUUAGUAGACCAAGAUAUAUAUCUCCUAAAAGAGUUACGGUUGUAAAAAAAUUAUCUAAUUCAAAUUUAGAGAACAGACGUAAUUUUGAACAAGAAAAUUCAUAUGAUCCUAAAAUAUUAAAUAAUUAUAAAGAAUAUAAUAAUGAAGUUAAUUAUAGUAAAAUUGAAGAAAAACUUGUAGAAAAAUUACAAAGAUCUUGUGAUCAACAUCAUUUGGAAUUUCAAAGAAGUAUAACUGAAGUAAAAGUACAACAAGCAAUUACUGAAUCAACUGUAAAAGAUAUCGCAGAUCAAGUAGAUAUUUUAGCAAAAGAGUUAAAAGCUUUUAAGGAUAUGCAAAAUGAUAAAAUUUCUGUUCUACUAGAUAAAAUAAACUCUCAAACUGAAUAUAAAUUAUCACCAGAGUUAGAAUCAUCUGAAAUAGAAUAUAAUUGUGAAAAUAAAGUAUCAAAGAGUUGUUCUUGUACUACAUGUUCUGAUUGUGAUAAAUUAAGUAAAUUAGAUUCUAAAAAUAAUAAAAAUUGUUUAUUAUAUGGAUCUUCAUCUAUAGAAUCAAUAGAAGAUGAUAAAGGGAUUAAUAGAAGACAAGAAAUAGUAACUAUAUUACAUGAAGUUUUGCUUGAUCUUUCUUUAUUUAAAGAAAAUAAUAUAAGUUCUUUAUCAGAUAUUUCUUUAUUAAGAACAUUACUUAAAGAAUGUAUAAUGAGUAUUACAACAGAAAAAACUCAAAUAACUGUAGAUAAUAUUAUAUCUGAUAUGGAGAACUUAAAAAUUAAACAAGCAGAUAAUGAAACUAUUAUAAAAAAAUAUGAUAUUUUAGAAUCAUUAAUAAAUAAUAUUAAUAAAUCAAUAGAUAAACAAAAUAAUAUGGAAUCAAAUCAUAUUAUAAACAUUUCAAAAUUAGAAAACUCAAUAGAAAAUAUAAAAAAAGAUAUAUUUAGAGUACAAGAUUCAAUUAAUAAAAUAGAACAUGAAACAAAUGAAAAUAUAAAUAAAAUUGAGGAAUCUUUAAAAUUACGAAUUAAUGAAUUAGAAGAAAAAACUUUAACAAAUCUAUCUAUAAAAAUAGAUUCAGUAGAAGAAGGCCUAGUAAAUCGUACUGAAAUUUUAAAAUCAGCAAUAAAAGAAUUAAAAGAUCAAUUAGAUUUUCAAAUUCAACAUUUUGAAGAAAAAUUUUUAAAAGUUGAUUACUGUGAAGAAAAUCAUAAAGAAUUUAAUCAGAUAAAGGUUAUUGUAGAACAAGUUAAAAAUAUCAAAGAGUCAGUAGAUUUUAUUAGUGAAGAUGUUCUUUUACAAGAAUCCAAGCUGAAAAAGCAAGUGCAAAAGUAUUAUAAAAAUCUUCAAGAAAUCCAACAAAAAUAUGAAGAUUUUGAACGUAAUUCCCAACAUAAUCAUUCAGAGUUGGCAUUAUCAUUGAAGAAUUUUAGAUCACAAGUCAUAAAUAUUCUGACUUCUAUAUAUGAUAUUAUUAAUGAAGAUUUCCCUCAGCAACCCUUACAAAAUAAUAUAUGGGUACCAUCUGAUAAUAAUACAAAUAUCAAUAUAAUUAAGGAUAACCAAAUUCAAUCAUCAGACUCUGAUGAGCAUUUACAUUUUACAUCAAAUAUACCACCAAAUGCAUAUUAUUACUCUCUAGUACCAUCUAUAAUUCCUCAUUAG